CUGCGCACCUCACUUUCAGAUUCGAUACUUCACUUCUCAACUCACAGUUCACCAGUUCUCAGUUACAGGGUUCGAAGCUUCUCCUUCAUCCACGCCGCCGUGAGUCCUGGCCACUCCGCCGGCCCCCUAACAGAUGUCGAAGUUCGAGUACCCAAUCAUGUCGCGCGGUGAGAUAGUGGCAAUCUUGUCGGAGUCCCAGAUCGCCAACAUAUCCGAGCACGAUCUCUUUAACCCCAACCCGGAUUUCAUCUCCGAGCUCUACACUCGUCUCCUCUUCCACAUCGACGCUCUCCAUGAGGAAGAUCAUGGGCAAUUGGAGUUCGCAGCGCUCGAGCAGCUUGAGAACCCGGACUUCCAUGUUGAAUCUGCUCGGAUCAUGAAGCUGUACAACAGGAUAAAGGAGGUGCUGGCCUCGACAGAUUGCCCCAAGAGAUUUACCCUCAAGGACCUGAUAAGACCAGAUACCGACAGGACUGAAUUUUUCCUCAGUGCAAUUCUCAAUUUUGGUCUUCACAGACGGGCAAAACUGGAUUUUUUACGUCCAAUUGUGGAUGAAGUGAACCUUCUGGAGGAGCAGCAAAGAGAGUGGGAGGCUAAGAUAUCUCAGUUGAAUGCAGAGAUUGAGGACUACAAUGAAGCAAGAGAGAGGGAGUUGCCCCUUGUUCAGGAGGUAGAUGCAAAAGUUAAAGAAUUGCGUCAAACCAUUGCAGGACUUAACAAUCACCAGAUGUCAUUGAGAGCUUCUUUUCGCAAGCUGAAGGAGAAGACUGGAGAAAUGGACGAGAAGAUUUCCAAUGCCGAGUUUGUUCUAGUGCAAAGUGUUCAAGAAAAUGCAAACUUACGUUCAAAAAUUGUACAAUCUCCAGAAAAGUUACAGAGGGCUUUAGAGGAGAAGAAAUCAGCUCGGGAGGUGGCAAAGAACGCUGAAAAAAUAGCAAUACAAUCUUAUCAGGAUAAGAAUGCCAUUGUUGAGCUUUAUACAAAGGUGUUCAAGAAAAUGUUCAAGCACUUUACCCAGAUGCAAGCCAUACAAGAACAGGUAAACUCAGCCAAAUCCAUUGAAAAGGACUUCAAGGCUUUAAAGGCUAAACUGAGUGAUGAGGGAAUGCUGGAUAAGUCACUUGAGGCUAAAUUGGUGGAACGACAAGGCAAAGUUGAACAGUUGGAUGAAUUAAGAAAGCAGUUGGAGAAGGAAAGAGAUCUAAAAUGCGAGGAGGCUACGAAAGAGUUCAAUAAUACUAAGUUGGAGGUGGAAUCUAGGAGACGUGAUCUAGAAGCUAGACAAAGGAAUGUUGAAGCUGUGGUUUUUGAGGUGGAUGCUAUAAAUUCAAGGGCUAAUUCAGUAAAAGAAUCUGGAGCAGCUAAAGUGCAGGAGUUAAUUAAAAAAUCUGAGGAGAUUGUGAAAGAGUUUCACCACUAUGCAAAAUCCAUUGAGGUCUUGCUGCCUACAAUAGAAGCGGAAUCAAAUUUUGAUUGAGUUGAUGUUGGUAGCAAAGCAUAAGGUAAAUGAGUUGAAAAGAGUCUUGGAGAUGCAAAAGAGUCGAGAUCUGGAACCACUUUUUUAUUGUAGAUAUGUGAAUCUGGUAUUGGCACAAGAGCAUGAGAGUUGUUUGUGAGCAAAGGAUGUUCUUGAAGGUCU